ACAAUCAAUUGUCUUUAUUUAUAUGAAUACAUUUAUUUAUCAAAUAAAUCGAAUUGUGUUCUUUGGUCCAAACUAUAUCUUUGUAAGGUGACCUCUGAGCUGCCUACUUUUUCUUUUCUUUUUUUUUAUCUACAUGCAUUUGGUUUGCUGAUCGACUUAAGUUUCCGAUUUCAGCAUCUUGUGGGAAAAGUAGUCCUGUCGCCGCCCUCCGAGAAUGAUGACAAUCCCUCCGUCGUUAGAGGGACCGACAGGCCGGCUGACCUCCAGCUGGCUCUUGAGUCGUGAAAUGAUGCUGUUUGAUGUCACAUGUGAUUCACUUCACCCUCGCUAACCCACAUAGCGAUCUUCCUGGCAUGAUUAAUUAUUAACCACUGGUUGUCGCCCCAUUAAUAGCGCUGAUGUGACCGAACAGCGCAGAAUUUCCAAAUAUUACUCUGCACGAGAGAUCGCGUCAUAAUUGCAGCACCGACUUACUGUCGCUCUAAUUGGAAGCCCUGUCUCUCCCUGGUGAUUGGUUGCUGCUCCUUCGCUUUGAAUUCAGGGCGUCUUUCUUUCACCCACUUGUAGUCAGACCCGUCCUACAGAAUAAUCCUUCGAGGAGAAAUCAUGUGGAAAUUACUACGUCUUGCUUGUGCGGGAAUUCCCCGCUUGUUUGUAUAAAACCUAGAGAUGAAAGCAUGCAGCUCAGUGUUGCUGUUUUACCAAGUUCCAUCACAGAUCUCUCUCUCUCUCUCUCUUUCUGUCUGGUCCGAAAAAAUGAGACACUUUCAUUUAAGCUUUUCCAGCUGCGCCGCGCUGCAGCUGACGCUGAUGCUGCUCAACUGGCGCACAUCCACGGGGCUGCCGCUGCCGCUGCCGCCGCCGACACCGAGCGCAAACAACAGCGCACAGUGCGCAAGUCUCUUCAGGAGCCUUCUGCUGAGUGUCACGGAUGUUCUCAAAAGCGAAGAUUUGUGUUUCAGCUUGAUCAAAUCCACUGAGAUGCCAAUGAGGAGCAGCGAAACAGUGCGGACCUGCACUCCCGCUUCCACUCAGAACUCCGGCUGCGCGAUGCUGACCAAUUCGUCCUUCAGUGAGAAUGCGUGUGUGAUGAACAUCAUGAGGGAUUUGGCCUACUACCAGACCGCUAUAGACACCUACCUCCAGUCCAAACUCCACAAGCCUGAGGCUGAAAAAACACUUCUGAGUCCGACUCUGGGAAUCAUUCAGGACCUGAGGAAGAACUGCUCCUUGAUGGAAACAGGAGAGCACAACUCUUUUGAGGACGCUCCCGGUCGGUGGGAAAGCGACUCCUUCAAGAACCGACAGAAGAUGUGUAAGAUGAUGAGAGGCUUCCACGUUCGCGCCAUCACCAUCAACCGAGCCGUGGGCUACAUCUCCUCAGGGGACCACAGGAAGUAGACGAGCCGAAGCUUCAUCAGCAUCGCCGUCGAUCCCGUCUUCCCUCCAUAUGAUUUACCGCGCCAAACCCGUAACGCUGUCGUCACAAGCUACUGAACGUGUGGUGCUUACCGUCAAACUAAGCUGCUCAGGCAUAAGCUAUCUGUGCCGACCCUCUUUCUCUUUGUAAGAGCCAAGGGUCCGCCGGUCUGUCACUAAGAGUAGUAAUGGUCAUAUUGGCCUGGUUACAGUCUUGGAAUGUACUC